AUGGAUCCGAAGCGAACUGGCGCCAUUAAGAAUUUGGCGAGCACGAGCACCGAAGCCUAUGCGAAUGCUUUUGAGGCUUUGCAAAGCCAGUCAGUUGAUUGGGCGCUGUUGGAGCAGCUCAAGCCCGAGUUCGCCGCAACCGGAGAUAAUUUUGAGGUGGCGAAAUUUCUGCCUGCGCUUCUCGAGGAGGACUACGGGCUGAGCAAAGAGCAUAACGAGCAUAUCGCAGUAGUGCUGCAGCAUCUUGCGCAUCAACACAGCUGGGAUCCGUAUGAUUCCUGGCCAGCAAUCCUUUUCCAAAGCAACAACAGCAACACAGCGGAAUCUAUAGAUUCCAGUACUAUCACGCCAAAGGCUUUGCAAAGCCAGUCAGUUGAUUGGGCGCUGUUGGAGCAGCUCAAGCCCGAAUUCGCCGCAACCGGAGAUAAUUUUGAGGUGGCGAAAUUUCUGGUUGUCCUGUUGCACGAACUGCGCAUAAGCCAGCCUGCGCUUCUCGAGGAGGACUACGGGCUGAGCAAAGAGCACAACGAGCAUAUCGCAGUCGUACUGCAACAUCUUGCGCAUCAACACAGCUGGGAUCCGUAUGAUUCCUGGCCAGCAAUCCUUUUCCAAAGUAACAACAUCAACACAGCCGAAUCUAUAGAUUCCAGUACUAUCACGCCAAAGGUACAAGAGCUGGACGAUUGGCGAAGCAGGGCAGCUGAGGCGGAAAAUGAGCUGAACGGCCUGAAGCAGCAGUGGAAGGCUUUGAAAGAAAUGCUCAGCACUUGUCAGGUAACGAAAAGGGCCAAUUCAACUCCGGCUCAAUGA